CUGGGGGACUGUUUUUGAUGUGACACAGGGUGAGAGUUGAAGGGGAACAUGGCAGCAGGCUUCAGAUCUAAACCUGGAUUAUUAAGCAGUAGAACGGUUCUUUAUCGAGCCCUGAACAGGAACCUUCCCCCCGGCAGGGUCCUGGUCCACAGAGAGUCCAGCAGCUCGACAGCAGACUCAGACCUCAGUGAGAAGUUCUGCCUGGACCUGGUCAGGACCAGAGACUAUGACGGCUUCGUGUCCUCCCUUCUCCUUCCUGAGGAGGCGCGGCGCUCCUCUCUGGCUCUGAGGGCGUUCAACGUGGAGCUGGCACAGGUGAAGGACUCCGUUUCCCAGAAGACCAUUGGUUUGAUGCGGAUGCAGUUCUGGAAGGCGGCGAUAGAAGACAUCUACAGAGACGACCCUCCGAAACAGCCGGUCAGCGCCGAGCUGUGGAGGGCGGUGAGGAAGCAUUACCUGACGAAGAGGUGGAUGCUGAGGAUCAUCACAGAGAGGGAGAAGGACCUGGAUGACCGGGCGUACAGGAACCUGCAGGAGCUGGAGACGUACUCAGAGAACACACAGUCGUCUUUAAUCUACCUGCUGCUGGAGAGUUUAGGCGUGAAAAACGUGCACGCAGACCACGCCGCCAGUCACAUCGGGAAAGCUCAGGGGAUCGUGACGUGUCUGAGAGCGACUCCGUACCACAGCAGCCGACGGAAAGUCUACCUCCCCAUGGACGUCUGCAUGCUGCACGGAGCUUCUCAGGAGGACUUCAUCCGCUGCAGCCGGGAGCAGAACGUCCGAGACGUGGUGUACGACAUCGCCAGCCAGGCUCAUGUGCAUCUACAACACGCCAGAUCGUUUAGUCCCAACGUCCCAGCAGCUGCGACGCCGGCCUUCUUCCAAACAGUGGUGUUGGAGGACUACCUGCAGAGAGUGAGGCGGGCAGAUUUCGAUGUUUUCAACCCCAGUCUGCAGAAGAGGAACCCCCUCAUCCCCUUCCAGCUCUACCUCCGGUCCUGGAAGAACACCUACUGACGUCAGACCUCUGUCUGCUGAAAGUCCGGGUUCAUCUGCGGCCUUUUGGAGAGCCAGAGACUGAACCCACUCCUCUGACUGAAGACUGAACAAGACCAAACUUCUGCACUGAAAUCUGCCUCCUUAAAUAAAAAACCAACAACCCCAGAUCAGA